AUGAGAAAGCGAACUUUUCCUCCAGCAUGCUAUUUUGUAACAGUUAAUGUACUGGACGAGAAUGACGUGGAACCACGAUUCCCUAAAAAGACCUACUCUGCGAUAGUGAUGGAGAACAGUCCAAUUAACACAUUUGUUAUCAGUGCUCAGGCCUUUGAUGAGGACUCAAUGCUGGAAUAUUCGUUGAUGAUGAACAGUGAGUCGUCGGCUUUGUCGUCAUUGUUACGAGUUGAUCGGGAGGGCACGGUGCGCAACGUUGAACCAUUGCUAGGCCUCGAAGGGAAGUACCAGUUUGCAAUAAUUGCUCGGGAUGGUAAGCACAACGGUGCAUCGGCGACCAUUUUUCUCACCAUUUUGCCGGCUUCCAAAUGUCAACCUACUUUCCCGGCUACAGUACAGGAUGUUGUGUAUGUUAAUGAGAAUGAAUUUCCUGGUUCAGUGUUGGCACAGUUUACUGCUGAAGUGUCGAGCAGUGAUUGCCAACUAACAUAUGCAAUAUGGAAUGGUACCAAGUAUGUGAAUGAGACAGAAUUGUUCAUGAUUGAGCCAACGACAGGAGAACUAAAGGCGAAGACGUCAUUCGACUGCGAAGAGCAAGACCGCCACGCUGUACGUGAAUUUUGCAUAGCCAUUAAAUGUAGACGUCUACCGAAAUUCCCCAAAACUGCUGAAUAUUUUCUCGUCAUUGCUGCUAUAAGCGGGGAUUUAUUCGUGCAGCUGGAUGUGGAAGUUCGUGUCAUCGAUCAAAAUGAUAAUCCGAUUGAAGUUAUCGAUGACAACGUUCUAUUCAGCAUACGGGAAGAUGAGGCUGCAGGUGAGUUGUUUGACUUUUUACGCUCGCAAACCGUUCUGUCCUAUUGUGACUAUAUCUGGACACAAUCCUAA